AUGAGUGCUUCAGCACCUACACCUGCGUAUAAAAUUGGGAUAGUGAAGCAGGUUCUUUCUGGAGAUACCAUAAUAAUUAGAAAGCAGCCGCAAGGAGGGCCGCCACCUGAAAAGGUUAUUGCACUAUCGGGUAUCACCGCACCGAAACUUGCUCGACAGAGAACUGCUAAUAAUGACAAUGAGACAAAAGAUGAACCAUUUGCAUGGGAAGCUCGAGAAUUCCUUAGAAAGAAGUUGGUUGGCAAAGAAGUCAUUUUUAGAGCGGAGAAGCCUCCAAACUCAGCAACACGGGAAUAUGGAUCUGUUUGGGCUGGGAAAGACCCAACUAAAGAUGAAAACAUGACUGAAGCUCUACUUGCUGAGGGAUUAGUAAAAGUAAGGGAAGGUGGCAGAAAUAUUCCACAGCUCAAAAAACUUGUGGAAAUAGAAGAUGUUGCAAGGUCUCAAGGAAAAGGUAUUUGGGGCUCAGAUAUCCAGAAUCAUGUCAGAGAUAUUAAAUGGAGUAUUGAAAAUCCCAAGCAAUUUGUGAAUAAAUUCAAUGGCCAGCCUAUAAAGGCUAUCAUUGAAUAUGUUCGAGAUGGAUCUACAGUCAGACUCUGCUUACUACCUGACUUUUAUACCAUAAUAAUGAUGAUGUCUGGAAUCAGAUGCCCUGCUGUAAAACUAGAUGGUGAAUCUGAGCCAUACGCUGAGGAAGCAAAAUUCUUUGUUGAAUCAAGGUUACUCCAGAAAGAUGUGGAAGUAAUUCUUGAAUCAGUUAACAAUAUAUACUUUGUUGGUACAAUUCUACAUCCUCAAGGUAACAUUGCAGAGGCUUUAUUGAGACAAGGUUUUGGAAGAUGUGUUGAUUGGUCAUUAGCAGUAAUGAAAUCUGGUGCCCAGUCUCUAAGAAAUGCUGAGAAAGCAGCCAAAGAAGCUAAACUUCGAAUUUGGGCUAACUAUAAAAGUAAUGCACCCGUUAUUGCUGCCAAGGAUAAAGAAUUUACUGCAACUGUAAUGGAAGUUAUUAAUGGAGAUGCUCUUGUUGUAAAACUUUCUAAUAAUACUCAUAAAAAAAUAUUUUUGGCAAGCAUUAGGCCUCCGCGUGAAAAGAACAGUCCAGAUGAAGAUGGAAAGCAGUCCCCUAGACCAAAAGGAUUUAAACCAUUAUAUGAUAUACCUUGGAUGUAUGAAGCCCGUGAGUUUCUAAGGAAAAAGUUGAUUGGCAAAAAAGUUAAUGUCACUGUUGAUUACAUUCAACCAGCUAAGGACAACUUUCCUGAAAAGACCUGCUGCACGGUUAUCUCUGGAGGAACUAACUUAGCUGAAGCGCUUGUAAGCAAAGGCUUAGCUACUGUAGUAAGAUAUAGAAAUGAUAACGACCAGAGGAGUUCCCAAUAUGACAAACUAUUGGAGGCAGAGUUGAAGGCGCAAAAAGCAGCAGUUGGAGUACAUGCUAAGAAAGAUAUUCCAACUCACCGAAUUCAAGACACCAGUGGUGAUCCAGCUAAAGCCAGAAAGUUCUUCCCAUUCCUGAAAAGGGCUCAAAAAACUGAAGCAAUUGUCGAAUUUGUCACCAGUGGUUCCCGUAUGAGGUUAUAUAUUCCCAAGGAGUCUGUUCUUGUAACAUUUUUGCUUGCUGGAAUUAAUUGCCCACGUGGUGCCCGCCCAGGUGCUGGUGGAGGACCAAUGCAAGAUGCUGAGCCUUAUGGCGAGGAGGCACUCCAUUUCACAAAAGAAAAAUGUCACCAGCAUGAUGUGGUAGUGACUAUCGAAGAAAUGGAUAAAGCUGGGAGUUUUAUUGGUUGGCUUUGGGUUGAUAAUGAAAACUUAUCUGUAUCCUUAGUGGAACACGGACUUGCAUCUAUGCACCAUACUGCUGAGACUUCUGAAUUUGCCCGAGCUAUUAAGUCUGGUGAAGAGAAUGCGAAGAAGAAGCGUAUUGGUCUCUGGAAAGAUUAUGUCGAGAUAGAAAAAGAGAUCGAAAAGGAAAGAAAUGCACCAAAACAAGACCGUGUUGUUAAGUAUGAGAAAGUGAUUGUGACUGAAGUUACUCCAGAAGGUAGCUUCUAUAUUCAAAGUUAUGAUGUGGGUGCUAAAUUGGAAAGCUUGAUGGAAAGGAUCCAUCUUGAUAUCAAAAAUAAUGCACCCUUGCCAGGAUCAUUUGUGCCAAGAAGAGGCAUCAUGUGUGCGGCUCGCUUUACUUUAGAUGACCAGUGGUAUAGAGCUAGAAUUGAAAAAAUUACGGAAGACAAGCAUGCUUAUGUCUUCUAUAUUGAUUAUGGAAACAGAGAGAUGCUGGAUUUCUCGCGGCUGACUGCCUUGCCUCCUGGAUCGGAGAUUGAACCGCCGUAUGUCAGUGAGUACGUGCUAAGCUGUGUUAAAUUCCCAUCCGAUCCCGAUGAUCGCUUGGAAGCGGUGCGCGCAUUCUCCAUAGACUGCCUCAACAAAAAGUUACUGAUGAACGUAGAGACUCGCGGAAACCCGCCGGCGGUCACCCUUCUCGACGCUGCCACCAACGCCGAUAUUGGCAAGAACCUGAUCAAGGAGGGUCUGGCCCUAAUGGAGCCCACUCGCGAAUAUCGGCUGGCUGGGCUGAUCAGCGAGUACCGUGCCGCCCAGGAACACGCCAAGAGCUCGCGCCUGAACCUGUGGCGGCACGGUGACAUCACCGAGGAUGACGCGAUCGAGUUUGGUGCGCGUCGC